AUGAAUACUCAGCAAGAUAUCCAUAAAACCACCACUCAACCAGAAAAACGAAAGGCCACCGAUGAUUCAGUGAAGAAUAAAUCAAAGAAGACAAAGACUGUGGAAGAGUACACCCAGCAUCUUCGAGAAAAUAACUUCGCCCUCAGAAAGAAGUGGGACCAAAUCGCUAAAAUGGACCCGGAAAUCAACGAGUUGGAAAGAAAACUCAUUUCUCUGAAGUGGAAACGUCGUGUGGAACGAGAAGCAUACAGCAAAGAGCUCGAAAAGCUCAAGAAAGAAAGCUGCCCUCCCGAAGGAAUCACCCAGCCUGAUGGGGAUCUCGCCAUGUUCGAGACCAUAAUUGCACAUCUCCGAGAGAUCGAGGGCGAUACUUCUUCCCACAAAGCGUUUGUCGACUUUCUCAACAUCGUUAGCUGCUUUGACGAUUUGCUCACCGGCAUCGGCCCGACUUACUCCAAGCGAAUCCGCGAAGCACGACCAAUUUCUGACUUCGAACAAGUGCAGAAAAUUCUUGGAAAGAAGCGAGCGACGACUAUUGCAUUGAAAUUCGAACAACGGUCUAUGUACAGAUACAAUCCAAACAAAUAA